AUGUUCAUGGCUACUCCUGCCGUUCCUGCGGACAUUGACACAGAUGCGAUGUCGGGGCAGAGACCGCUGAUGGAUCAUGCAACGAUCAUGAUCUGCAAGACACUUCUCGUUGAGGCCGGCAAAGAUCUUGCAAAUGACUACAACACGACCGUUCCCGGAUAUCAAGCAGCUGCGACUCAAGACCCUGCGCUUCGGUGGGAUGUCUACGUGAACCACUACAAAGAUCUUGCUCGUGCACAGAAGGAUCCAAAGUUCGUUUAUGAUGUUGAUGGCUUCGAUUUUACGCGCAUCAAUAAUCAGACUGCUGUGCCUACCGGAGCAACGCCAAAGGGCAUACUCUAUCCUCGUGCUGGUGUCCUCCGCGGUUGCGUUACUCACAAUGCCUUAAUCUGGAUCGAGCCGAAAGACUCGGACUGGAGCAACAUCCAGCAGAUGACUGGCGAUGAUUCUUGGAAUCCGACGAACAUGCGAGACAACCAUUUGAACAGCAAAUUCUACGACUGGCAGGUUACCAUGCCUUCAGAUCCCACGAUUCUGGUUCGAGAUAUCAAAUUGGCGAAGCACUUGCUCGGUGGAGCUGCUCAAGUAGGACUCGGGUUCUCUCCAGUCAGUGCUCUCACAGGACUCGGCGAAGCACUCCUCGUCAGCCCGAACGGCGGCUACCCUGGGCGAGACUCUGCGGAAGGCUUCUUCCAGAUCCCGCUCAUCAUGAAUGGUGGUGAGAGGCAGAGCGUCCGCGAGCGCAUCGUGGGCACUGUCGACAGCGGAUACCCGAUACCGAUCAUGACGAACACCUUUGUCACCAAGAUCAACUUCAGGCCCGAUAGGAAAAGUGGCAAGCCUGGAGCCAAAGGCGUCAGCUACCCCAAAAGAUGA